AAAAGGACUCGUGAAAUAAGAAAAAAGUGGCCAGUUUGCUUCUCUCUCUCUCGGUCUCCUCCUCCGUCUCCCUCCCACCGCCGUCGCCGAAGCAUGACCAGCUCCUCCGCUCCUUCUCGUAAGGCGCUGAGUAAGAUCGCGUGCAACAGGCUCCAGAAGGAGAUGGUAGAAUGGCAGGUCAACCCCCCUUCCGGAUUCAAGCACAAGGUCACCGAUAACAUCCAAAGGUGGGUUAUUGAAGUGGUUGGAGCGGCCGGGACGCUGUAUGCGAACGAGACGUACCAGCUUCAGGUCGAUUUUCCCGAGCAUUACCCCAUGGAAGCCCCGCAGGUUAUAUUUCUUCAUCCGGCGCCUCUUCAUCCGCAUAUCUAUAGCAACGGGCACAUCUGUUUAGAUAUACUUUACGACUCUUGGUCACCGGCAAUGACGGUGAGCUCUAUUUGCAUCAGCAUCUUAUCCAUGUUAUCAAGCUCACCUGCAAAGCAAUGCCCUGCCGAUAACGACCGAUACGUGAAGAACUGUAGGAACGGUCGGUCUCCUAAAGAGACAAGAUGGUGGUUCCAUGACGACAAGGUAUGAUUGCUCGUGACGCUGCUGGAUUCGCAUGCUAUAAACCCUUUGCCUGCCAUUAAACAUUGCUUUGAGAGAGUAGGAAGAUCAAAUCAUGCAAGGUUUCAGAUUGUGUAUUGGUUUGCAUAAUCUGAUAUCUGUAAAGAAAAUAAAGUAAUAAGCAUGAAUCAUGAUCUACCAUUAGAGAAGCACUUGGAACUCUUUAGGUCAAAUAUGUAUAUAGUUGAUAUCCAGGAUAGUGGGCAUGCCACCUGUGCCACGUCAUGUUUCUAUUAAGAGCAUUCACAUUGUCAUGAACUCGUUAAUGGCAAUAUGUUGUUUUUUUUAUU